AUGAAUUUGAUAUUUCCAGGAGAGGAGAAGACCGNGUCUCGAGAAGAGAUUUCGCCGUUCUUGGCACCAACCCAUAACACAAGCGAUCUGACGCCUCCACCAUCCUUUCUUUCUGUUUCGGCAUCCGAAUUCCUCCUUCCGAUAAGAUCCAAAGCUUAUCCUGAUUGUGAGGAAAUUGUCAAACCGAUGUCAAAUAUCAUCCCGAAUCUCGCUGGGAAGACUUUCCGGGACAUAUUUCCUGAAGCUGAUGAAAGUGCUAACUUCUACUCUGUUUCACCUCGAAGCUAA